AAAAGAGAUUGCAACAAAUUUCCAAAAAUAAAAAUUAAUUUUUUUCAUAACUUUCACUUAAUUAAAUUAAAUUUACAGCAUCAAAACUUGUUAAUUCGAUAGACUAGCAAAAGUACAACAACAAAGUUUUCAUAGUUUUUAAGUCACAAGAUCCAGUUGAAGUGUAAAAAAAAUAUUUAGCAAUAAAAAAUGGAAAAUUCAAAGCGAUUUUGGUAUGCCUUGUCGUUAUUAGUGCUGUUGAUCCUCACAAUAUGUAUUUUAAAGGUGUCUGAGUGCAGCAGACGAAACCUCGAACGAAAGCUGCUAGCAGAACGUCAACUAGCUCUUCGUGCACUUAAAAAAGACUUUUCAUUUGACAUUUUAAUAUUCACACAACACUGGCCAUAUACAGUAUGUGCUCAAUGGAUGGAACAUCAUAAAGGCAACGAAUGUAUACUUCCGAAAGUCAGAAAUAGUUGGUCAAUUCAUGGCGUGUGGCCUACAAAAUAUCACGAAAUCGGUCCACUAUUCUGCAAUGACACUUGGACAUUUGACAUGAAGCAGAUAGCAGAUAUUGAGAAUGAUAUGAAGGAAAAAUGGAUAAAUAUUGAGAAAGGCACGCCACUGGAUGGCUUGUGGAAGCACGAAUGGGAAAAGCAUGGAACUUGUGCGGCGCAGCAAAUUCCAAACAUGAACACUGAAAAUAAAUAUUUUUCAAAAGGCCUCGAAAUGUUUAAUAAUUUUUCAAUUACGAAAUUACUUCAAGAGACGUACAUCAAGCCUGGCAUCGAUGCAACAUACAAAUUAGAUGAAAUUCAUACAGCAAUCAAUCGAACAAUAGGAAAUAAUUUUGCAAUAAUUUGCGAGAAAGAUCAUCAAACGAAGCAGCAGCUUUUAUUUGAGAUUCGAAUGUGCUUCGAUAAAGAAUUUAAAUUUCACAGUUGUGAAGGAAUUGUAGUCAAAGAUGAGGUCCUGCUGGGACAUACAAAAGAUGAAAUUAUAACAAAUUGUAAGAAGGAUGUUGAGAUUUUGUAUCCAUCGUCAUCGUGGGUUGCUAAAAAGGAAUGGUUGAUGAAGAUUAAGGAACAUAUGCCACAGGAGAAGAGUUGGUUGUAUCAAGUUGAGAAUGUUUAUAAAUUAGUAAAGUUGCUGCAGUGGGCGACUCUGUAAAUAGAUUUUCUGGGAUUGAUUUUGUAGAUUCAGAGCUGGAACUUCUUAAUUUUAUUUUUAAAACAAUAUUUAAUCUUUUUAAUUUUCAAUAAUUUAACGUAAUAGCUUUUAAUGUUAAAACAACGAAAAUAGUUCAGCGAAUCCUCCAUUUGUAUGAAUCAUUGGUGGUCAACCUGUGUGUCACGGCACACUUUGGUGGUAAAUCAUGACUGAAUCAACAAAUAGCUUAUGGUUCGUUGUUACUGGUGCCGCGGCACAUGAGUUGACCAUCACUGGU